AUGACAGACAUAAAGCUUGGAUACAGGGACACGCAGUCCCAGGUUCUCCGGUGGUUCACGGCCUACGCACCCUACAAAGCCAAAGGUCUAGGUCGCUUCACGGGUUUCUGGACCCUGCAAAACGCCGACACUUUCGCCCUGUACGCCCUCGCCCGGUACGUGCAACAGGCCCUGGGCAACAUCUACCCACACCUGCCCCUGGCGCCUCGUCCGCCGUCCGGUGUGACUUACCCUGGGCUGGAAUAUCAGGGCUACGAGAUCUAUCAAAAUGGGACGGGCACCCUGGUCGGCGAGGACAGUCCGGUCUUCGAAGGGUGGGAUGUUUAUAACCCUUGCGCGGUUGGCGAUUCUCCAGCCGCCACCGAGGCCGGCGCCUGCAUGACCAUGACGGGCUUCCAUGUGGAAUCGGACUACCCUUCAAUCUACUUGUCCAGCUGA